AUGAUUAAUAUUGGAUUCAAUUGUUUCUUCAAUUGUUUAGAGACUGAAAAAAUAAAGCAAGUGAAACCGAAAUCUCGAGGAAAAGAGGCAGAAAAAAUAAAGCAAGUGAAACCAAAACCUCAAGUAAAAGAAAUUGUGAAGCAAGUGAAAUCAGAAUCUGCAGAGAAAGAUAAACUCUCUACAGUCAAAGCUGCAAGUACCAAGACUGCAACUGAAACAGAGAAAGCUGCUGUUGCAAAGCCAGCAAAGACUAAACCUGCAAAACAUGAAGGUCCUCCACGCUUCUUCCAGUGCGUUUUCCUUGAUGGUCCCAAUGGAUAUGGGCCAAUGUCAAAUGGUCUUCAAAGCCUCAUUGCGACCAAAAGUCACACCAGGCAGAGUGGGGAAUCUGAGAGGAAGCUCAGGUCUCCUGGACAUUAGGUGAAUGGAUGAUGAGAUUAUAUGGAAAACUAUUCUGCACAUUACGUGCCGGAACUUUCAGUCCUCCUGGUCUGCCUCCGUUUGGAGAGCUGCGAACACAGGGAGCACUGAGAAGAACAAAACACUUUACUGUUGAUUGCAACUGCAAAAUAAAACAGGAAAGAUGA